AUUUUGAGCAACUAGGCUUCAACCUUUUAGAACUCCUCUUUAUAUAGAAAUGCCGCCAGCUACAUCCUCAGUUCCUUUUUUUUUUUUAUAACUGAAUUAAUGGCCAUUUAUUUUUAUUAUUGAAUUUCAGUUUAUUUGUUUACACAGAAGAAGAGGAAUCAGUAAUGAGUAACCAUGUCAAAGAUGGAGUUAAAAAAGGAGCUUGGUCUCCUGGAGAAGAUGAACUUCUUAUGCAGUAUGUUAAAAUCCAUGGACAAGGCAAAUGGAGAAGCCUUGCUCAAAAAGCAGGUUUGAAAAGAAGUGGGAAGAGUUGCAGGCUCCGAUGGCUGAACUAUUUGAGGCCUGGUAUAAAGAGAGGUGACUUCUCUCCUGAUGAAGAUGAACUCAUCAUUAAACUUCAUCGUCUUCUCGGUAACAGGUGGGUGCUAAUAGCAGGAAGACUUCCAGGUAGAACUGAUAAUGAAGUAAAAAAUUAUUGGAACACAAUUUUGUUGAAGAAGCUUCAGGCUCAGGGCCGGGCUGCGUCAGAUUCAAAAGUAACAAUCGCACAAUCCCAGACUGAAGAAAAAGGUCAUCAGGAUUUUUCCUUGAGGAAUCUGAAACUUCAGCAGAUUCCAGGGCAAUGCUCAAGUCCUUGGAUACAAAUUGAUGAUAAUAAAGAUCAAGACGAUAACUCUUUCAUAUCUUCGAUCGACUUCGACACUGACAAAGACUAUGACGAUCAGUUUGAAAUUGGGGGGAAAUCGGAGGGUCUGAAACAAUUGGAGCUGAAGAAGAUAGCUUCUUUACUGGAUAUUGAAAAGGAAUUGAGAGAAUUGUUGUAGGGAAUAAUCGCAAUAAAUUGAAUGGGAAAGUUUCUGGCAUUGUCUGUUUUCCAGGAAAAUGUGUACGCCGAAAACCAGUGUGUUAUUUUAAUGAUUUCUUCAAGUCCUGAAAGAAACCUCUUUAGAUCGUUAAUCUCAUCACUUGGCUUUUUGAAAAUUUCA